GUCUAGUUCAGUGAACGAAAGCGCGUCAGUGGGAAGCCGACAGUCCCCGUCGAAUCUUGACGUGGAGCGCGCGCUGUAUCUAUUUCGAAGGCCUCCAAAAUUACGGGUCAAAGUUACUUGGUUGUUCGAAAAAGGAUAAAUUCUAAAAAAUCCAUUUCUUCGGAGCGGACGUUGCUCGAACGAGUGAUUUAAGAUAGAGAUUUGUCCUCAGUGAACAGUUCUCGUGAUUUUCUUGAAGAAAACGAUUAAAAAAGCAACGCGACUGAAGAAGAAGAAGAAGAGAUGGCUACACGUGCAACGCUAUGGAAUUCACCGGUUGACGUCACCUAGUUAGUUAAUCGUAGUCGCGAAUUGAUAGAUUGGAGUCGCCAUCCCGAGUUCACCGUGAGGGAUUCGCAGCGCGCUGAUUAGCGCGAAUUGACGCAACCACCGUUGUUGAGGGUGAGGUCAGAAAGGGAAAAGUCAGUGGUGAAUCGAUGAAGCACUGUGAUAAGCGAUGAUCUAUCGCACAAAGAUCGAGAUUUUACACGUCAGAUCCCGAUGAACUUUAGAAUUAAUAGAACAGAAUUGAAUUUCUGUAAGAUUGCGAUAGAAGAUUGCAGAUCGAUAAAAUCCUCUCGAUACGGCUGUGAAAGUCUCCUUGCUACAGCGAGAAGAGAUAUUCGAAAGAUUUUCCGAGUAAAAACGAAUUUUUUCGUUAAUUUAACCGAAGUGAAAAACGAUUAUUUUAAUUUAAAACUAUAAUUUAGACAAAACGACUUCUUUGGGGGACUUUUGAGGCCGCUUAGGAUCAACGGAUCAAUUUUUAUUAAUAAAUUUCGCUCGACGUCACACACUAUGAAUGUUACUGCAUUGCUCUUUCCAUAAAAUCAUUGUUACGAUCGCUUUACAAUUUUUGAUAAGCCUUGUUAAUGGAAAACGACUCCCGUCAUGAUCGGCGAAUGUGUAUAAUACGAAGAAUUCAUCAACGUUGUUAAAUAUUUUGAGUUAGAACUCUGCGUAAAAAAACGAAGAAGAGAGAAAGAAGGAAAAAAGAAAAAACGUGAAAAGAGACAUCGUUUAUCCACUCUGCCUGACUUUUUUUCUUCGAGAAAGUGCGAACAUGGCUAAUAAUAACGCGCUUUGGGUAUUCGGAUAUGGAUCGCUUUGUUGGCAUCCCGGCUUCUCGUACAGCAAAAGCAUUGCCGGUUAUGUCAAGGGCUUCAAAAGACGUUUUUGGCAAGGCAACACAACACAUCGUGGAACGGUGGAAAAGCCCGGUCGAGUCGCCACAUUAAUCGAAGACAGAGAGGACACGGUUUACGGGCGGGCGUUUCAAAUUCAGGACAGCGCAGCGCUGCCCUAUUUGGAAAAUCGAGAGUGCGCUCUGGGGGGAUAUCUGACGAUCAUAGCGACGUUUCACAGCCGGGACGGUGCCAAGCAAAUCCCCGUUGUGAUUUAUAUCGCCACCAGCGAGAACGAGCUCUGGCUCGGCGAUGCGCCGCUGCAGACCAUAGCGCGUCAAAUCACCGAGUGUUCCGGCCCGAGCGGACACAACGUCGAGUACCUGUUACGAUUGGCGGAGUUCAUGCACCGUUACUUGCCGGAGGUGUACGACGAACAUCUCUUUACGUUGGAGCUGCUGGUACGUUCCAGGAUAAAGGAAGAGAACAUGUGCCUGGCGACGCUGAUGGGAAACCGCGACUUCGUCAUCGAUCUCGAGGACACGGAAGCGGCGGUUCGCGCGGAGGAUCAGCCGGACGGCAACGAGCAGUCCCGCGGGAACUUAUUACAGUUUAGUGCGCGAAUAGCACCGAAGACUCUACGCUGCCUGAAGAUGUAGUCAAUCGCACUGUGUAAUACAAUAAUUGUACUAUACAGUUCCCCCGAUCACGAACCCUGUUUGAUAAACGAUCAGUAAGAAACAACCUAUCACGUUCGUUGACAGAGUUCAUUUGGGCAAUCCUCCCCACGGAUCAUCAUCCGUCCUUUUUUAUUUAUUUCUAUAUGAUUGUAUAAAAUAUGAUUGUAUAAAAUAGAUAUUUGAUUCGUUAAUGUGAAUAUGUCACACUGCUAACGAACGUGUUAUUUUUCCGUAAACGCACAUUCAAUGCACAAAUUGUUUCGAUAACGACAAGCAGCGUCCCUAGAAGAAUGUAAACUGUGAAGGAUAGAUCUGUUGUUAGAUUUUUUACAUUUUUACGACUCCCUUGGAAAGGUAACGAUAAAAGUAUAAAGACACGAGAAGCGUGCACGGGUGUCUUGGUGCUCUAUUUAAUAUUAAUAUUAUUGUGUGUGGGAGGGUAUAAAUGUCCAUCAUAUAUAUUGCAUUUCGCAAUAUAAUAUAGUACCCCAAGACAUCCGUGGUCGCUCUAUACUUCCAUUAGAUCUGUUAUUCUCUUGAGAAUAGUACAUUGAAAAAAAAAUUACUACGUUCAAAUAAAUAAUGACU